AUGUCUCAAGUACUACGAACACCAGCAACUCGCAAACUCCUCCACGCAUCAACACUCCCUCGCCUCUGCACAAGUCGCACAUACUACAGCUAUGAAACACCUCUGCCACCACCCUACCCACCCACCGAAACCGCAAUCUUGUCUGCUGCACUACCGCACGUACCUACCCUGGGUUGGACAACAUCAUCACUGCGUCAAGGCGCCCGCGACGCAGGAUACCUAGAUGUAUCCACGAAUCUGUUUCCCAAAGCCGAGUUUGAAUUAGUGUUGUACCAUCUACGGACACAGCGAUUGGGAUUAAAAGACAAGGUGCAGUUUCCCGAGGAAGCGGGUUUGGGGAUGACGAGCAAGGUUAGGAGCUUGGUUAUGGAGAGAUUGAGGGGCAAUGUGGAGGUUGGUGUGCAGGGGAGGUGGCAGGAGGCACUAGGUCUCAUGUCCCUAGCUGGAAAUAUCCCUCCCUCGCUAAAAGAACUCUACCUUCUUGCCGACGAAAUCUGGUUCCUGGCUGGAGAUGAGGCAGUAGACAGUUCUUGGUACACCAAGCGUGCGACAUUGAGUUCGAUAUAUGCCGCCACGGAGACAUACUCGACAACAGAUCAGAGUACGGACUUCAAAGAUACAGAGGAGUUCUUGAACAGGAGGUUAGAAGAUGCAAGAGUGGUGGGUGGUGCAUGGAGGAACGUCAAGGAGUGGAUUGGCUUUCAGGGCAUUGCCACUGUUAACAUGGCGAGAAACUUUGGUGUAAGAAUAUAA